AACCGCAUGCACGAAUCCCUGCACCUAUUCAACAGUAUAUGCAACCACAAGUUCUUUGCCGCCACGUCCAUCAUCCUCUUCCUCAACAAGAAGGACCUUUUUGAGGAAAAGAUCAAGAAAGUCCAUCUCAGCAUUUGCUUCCCAGAUUAUGACGGUCCCAACACGUUUGAAGACGCGGGAAAUUACAUCAAGACCCAGUUCCUUGAUCUCAACAUGCGAAAGGACGUGAAGGAGAUUUACAGCCACAUGACCUGUGCCACAGACACGCAGAACGUCAAAUUCGUCUUUGACGCCGUCACGGAUGUCAUCAUCAAAGAGAACCUCAAGGACUGCGGCCUCUUCUGA